GUGAAGAAUAACAGAUACAAUUAUACAGGUCAGAAUGUUAACUCAGAUAGUUUGGAUGAUAAUAUUUCAGUAUGUGCAAGCUCAAUUGAAAUGUAGGUAAAAUCUGAUAAACAAGAUUCAGUGCACUCCAGCUUCCAAGACAGCCUGCAGUCCUCUGGAGAUGGCAAUUCUGUAUCUUUAAAUAAGGAUGAUGGAGAUAGAAUGGCAUAGUUCUUCAUCUUUAAGUAACACAUUUAAUUCUUAUAAUACAAGCAUAAGUGAUAACAGUACAUUGGGAAAUAGAGAAAUAGAUGAUUAUCGUAAUGAAUUUGCCUUCUAUGAAAAUAUAAGAUAUAAUAAUAAUAAACCUUACGAAAACAUGUAUUAUAAUGAAGAAAAUUAUGAGAUUCAGCAAAGGCAUCAUGACAGAAAUACUCAGAAAGAAUACAGAAAACUUUUGUAUAAUGGAGCUCAAAUAUCUCCAGAAGAAAGCGAUAUUUUAAUUAUGAGUUUUAUCAUUAGGCUUAUAAUGAAAGACGGAGAAAAUAAUGAGGAAACAGCGGCUCUGAGGGCCGAGGUAGAAAGUCUGCGGCGACAACUCGCAGACAUAACUCGGCCCUCAGGGUUACCUCAACAACCGGGGUUACCAAGGCCGUCAGCGUCGCAGCCGCCGGGGCCGUCAGCGUCGCAACCGCCGGGGCCGUCAGCGUCGCAACUGCCGGGACCGCCAAUAUCGCAGCCGCCGGGACCGCCAUUAUCUCAAAUAGAACGACCAAAAAGAUGGCAGAAGAGCCGCAGCCACGGACGCCAAAGCCGAGGACGCGGUAGUGGACGCGGUGGUGGUCGCGGUGGUAGUCGCGGUGGUAGUCGCGGUGGAGGAGAUAUUGCAGGUCAUGGCAGGUCAUUGGCAACGGUCAUGAAGAUGUUGUUAGUUCUAAGAAUAGAAGAGCGUAUUAAAGCGUUGCAAGAACGAAAACUUGAGAUAACGAGGAAUGAAUUGAGUGGCGAUAAGAGGAACGCAUCUACAAAGCUUGCGCUGAACGAUCUCAAAUCUCUAUUCGGCUUCUAA